AUGGCGGACGCAAACACGAUCGACCUCGACAGCCUCUCACUCCAAGAGCUCCAUGAGGCGAACAGAUGCCGGCCCUGCCUCUUCUUCACGCGCAAGGAGGAUGGCUGCUGGAAGGGGGAUGCCUGCGACCAUUGCCACAUUUGCACCAGCCAGCAGGCGAAGGUGCGCAGGAACCGCAUCACUUGGCAGGGACGGAAACUGCGGCGCCAGAAGGAGUGCGUUGCGAAGGCAGAGAAGCUGAAGGAGGAGGAGGAGGAGGGGCAGGAGGAGGAGGAUGAUGAUGAGGAGGAGGCAGAGGCACACGCAGAACUUGGUGGACAUCGGGGAGAGGAUUGUCAGGUACGCGUGUACACGUUUUGGCUAUAG